AUCUGUCUGGACGGUGCGCUUCUGCCGCCCAGGAACGCGCAUGAUACCACUUGUUUAGAUGAAGUCACAGGCACUGUCGGUCUAUGUUGGUCGCUAGACCGAGACGUUUCCGGCUGGACUGUGAAUGGAUAUAUAGAAGAAGACUUGCAAACAAGGCACACCGACAUACUGCUCAAGCACACAGCUCAACUUCACUGCUCGUGUUUUUGUGCUUAGGAACCCUACUUUGUGAUAAAUGUCGAUUGGAGCAACGGCUUCCGUUUCCUCCUUCUCGGCUCUUUUAUUUUGUACAUCGCGAGCAUCACUGCUAGCCCAGAUAUAGCUUUAAAUGGAGCCCGGCUCAUCGAAGUGUCUUAGGACUCGUCGUCUAGUCGUAGGUCAC